UUGUGUGUUUGCACCACUGCGAAGCACUUUGUAACCUUGUUUGGAAAAGGAGCUGUUUAAAUAAAGAUAGUGAUCAUUAUUACAUUCUGUACCAUACAGUAAAAUAAAACCGUAUUAUCAUCAUAUUUCUGUAACAGAACAAAAAAUAUUAAUGCAUGUUCACACGCACACACAGUACUUUAUACACACCCAUCUGCUAUGAAGGUUUCUUAACUUAAAGGCUGAACUUAAGCUUCAUGUGACAGAAUUCAUUAUGACACAGGCCCUCCCACUAACAGGUAUACUGCAGCCAGAACCCGCAUUGGCAUGCCUUUAUUCAGGUGCAUUCAAUGAAUAGUCUAUUAUCUAAGGGACUAACUUCUGUAAUGACACAUAAUCUGGAUAUACUAUGGAGACAAUACACCUCAUUCUUUUUAUGUUGCUGUGUUUAGGAGUCCACAGGUCAUCUUCAGAGAUUUUGCAGCGACAAAAAAGAAACUGGAUCAUUGAGUCCUUUCAGAUUGAUGAAGGCUAUGAAGGUCCUUUCCCAUAUUCACUGGGCACAAUUAAAGUUGAGAAGGACCUCACCCUUUUCAAGAUACAUGGUCAAGGUGUUGAUGAGGAACCCAAAGACAUAUUAAAAAUAAACGAAACCACAGGAAUGAUUACUGUCCAUGGCCCUGUGGACUAUGAGAAAUUCAAUUUUUUUAAGCUAAUGUUUCAGGCAUAUGAUAAAGAAAAACAUUUAUUAGACACGCAGCUGGGCAUUGAGAUACAGAUUAUAGACGCAAAUGACAACCCUCCAAAGUUUGACUCUGAAAGGUACGUGAUCAGCAUAAAAGAGUCAACAUCACAAGGCAUUGAAGUGGUUACCAUUAAGGCAAGCGAUGAAGACACUAAGAACAAUGGUAUAUUUGAUUUAAAAAUAUUCUCAGUCACUCCUGAACCACAUGACCUGCAGUUCUACUUAACCCAGAGCACUGAUUCUCAAACUGGAACCAUCUCAUUUAAAGGGUGUUUGGACCAUGAGAAAGCAGAGAAAUACACCAUUAUAGUGGAGGCCAAAGACCGUGGAGGAAAAAAACAGCUCUCCGGCUACUGCACCGUCAUUAUCAACAUAGAAGAUGGAAAUAACCACCUUCCUACAAUCACAGGAGAAACAGGUCAAUCGAGAGUGAAAGAAGGAGAGGAAAAUGUUCUUGUUUCACGUCUGCAAGUUAGAGAUGAAGACACCAAAGGUACAGCAGCCUGGAGAGCGAAGUAUCAAAUCCAAGGAGACACAAACAACAACUUCAGAAUCACUACUGAUCCUGAGACAAACGAGGGACUACUGUACGUAGAAAAGCAUCUGGACUAUGAAGACGGUCCUCUGAAGAAUGUGACUAUCAGUGUAGAGAAUGAGAUCCCCUAUCACACAUGCAAAGUGGUGAGUCGCAGAACCACUGGUCUUUGGGAAGUAGUCACUAUGAGUGGUGGUGCGACUGGAACAGAGACACUAGGUCUGUCCACCCGCCGAUUGACAGUGACUGUAGAGGAUGUCAAUGAGCCGCCAGUCUUCGACAAACCUAACAAACAAGUUACACUGGGUGAGAAUGUUGAGCCGGGACAGUAUCUGGAGACAUUUACAGCUAGAGACCCUGACGUCACCAGUGAAAACACAUUUGUAUACAUAAAAGGAGAGGAUCCAGCUCAUUGGAUUACAGUGGACCCCAUGACUGGAAACAUAACCACAUCAAAUAUCACAGACCGAGAGUCACCCUUUGUGAAAGACAAUAUCUACAAGGUCACAAUAUAUGCUGUUGACAAUGGUAAACCUCCAAUGACAAGUACUGCAACCCUCAACAUCCAUAUUACCGAUGAGAAUGACAAUGCUCCAUCCCUGGCUGUAAGCACAAUUGACAUGUGUCAAUCUGAUGAAUCCUCUCUGGCCAACAUCACAGCCUGGGACUUGGAUAAAGAGCCCUACGGUGGACCUUUUCGCUUUGCGCUCCUUGGAGAAAAGGGCAAGUGGAAGGUUGACCCUGAACAAGGGUAUUCAGUCAACCUGGUGAAAGAGGACACAGUUCAUUCUGGACACUUUGAGUUGUUGUUGAAGGUGUCUGACCUUCAGGGCAAGACCGCUGUCCACAACCUGUCAGUUACUGUGUGUAACUGCUUAGACACAGCAAGGCCAAACUGUCGCUACCGCAAAGCUACUGGCUCUGCAGUAGGAGGAGGAGCAUUUGGGAUAAUUUUUUUCAGCAUGCUACUGCUUGCAGCUACGCUACUUUUGGCUUUUCUGGUGUCAUGUAAGAAACAGACCAUAGUAAUCCCAGAUGAAGGAUCAGGACAACACCUGAUGAGCUUUAACACUGAGAAUCCGGGAACUGACUGCAAAGUGGCUUUUGAGCCAUUAAACCAAGGAUACAGAAAGAAUGGGAAACAAAUCCAAACAAUAUCUCAAUUUUCAGCUUUAAAGCUUAAGCAAUCAUUUGCUAACACAACAACUGCUGCAGUGCAACAAGCCCAUUCAGAGCACGCCAUAUCCCAAACUGAACAACAACAAAGGAACAAUUUGCACUGGUUGAUAACUGACUCAGUAAAUGAAGCAUCCCAAGCCUGCUCAGAAUGGUCCCAGUUCCAAAGAAAAAGCUUAAUGGAACAAAGGUUUACACGUGGGAACUCUAUGCGCUGGUCCAUGGGUGCAUCAUCAACCAUGAAAAUGACACAUCAGCACAGAAACUCUAUGCGUGGGAGUUGGGUGGGACACAGAAAAUAUUCAGCAGAUCAAGAGAUUGGUGUAAUCAAACAUGGAAUUCUGCUCAAAGUACUAAAUACGAUGCUGUACACUCUGCAGGCACCAGGAGAGGAGCUGGGUGAUUAUGCUCCUCAUGUGUAUGCUGAGGAGGGAGACAUGGAGACCAAAUAUGAGCUUGAUGCCAUCUCCAUCCCUGAUAUUUCCUUUGACCCGGACUUGGACCUGGACCUGAAUUUCAAGUUCAAUACUCUGGCCUCAGUCUGCAUGCCGGGUGAAAGCAAUGCCUACAGUACAGAAACCUCCUGUGUAAUGGCAAAAACAGCUUCUCUGAUCCAAGUGGAAAGGCAAAAAACUAAAAUCUAAAGUCUCUUUGUCUACUUUGUGAUAGAUGUAAAAUAGAAGAAGGGAAACUUUAUUUAUUUUGGGAUUGGACAGUGCUACUCUCAUUUUGGUAAAAUAUUUUUUGUAUGUUUCUAUUGUACACAGCAGGACUACCUUUCUUGACUUAGACUCUUUUUGGAUGUUUAGUAUUCUCUCAUACAAGCAAUGUUGAUGUGGGAUAGGGAAUUAGCCAAAACACUUAUUCUUACAGACUGGAAAGCAAGUAAUAGUUUCUGAUAUACAAAUAUGGAAAAUACUUUUAACAACUGUAAUUCUUGGACUAAAUUGGAAAAAUCUUGGGCAUCUCUACUGCAAUACCUGAAGACAAACUGAAUGUAUACAUUUUCAUUCGUGGCUUUUUGAUGAUCAUUGUGUGUUCAAAGCCAGGCGCUAAGACUAGGAUAGUGUCGGAGGAUGACGUUGUUAUGUUCAUUUACCAUUAUAAGACAGGGGACUACAUUGUCUAGAGGUCACAAAGAGUCAAGAAGGCUUACACAGAAAUAAUUAAAUAUGAAUGUUGAUCAAAACUGCACUGAUUUUAUCUGUAAUAAAUAACAACAAGCACACAGAGUAAGAGAAAGGAGACAACAUGUCUCAUAAUGCGAAGUAAUCAGGAAAAGGGCCGCCUAUCACAUUUAUCUUCAGUUAAAUUUGGUUUGUUUAGCCCUUUAAUUCACACAGAAGUCCAUGUCACAUAAUCCUCACAUAAUUUUGAGCAAUCCACAUAUCUAUUUAGUUCUUUGUUACCUCUUUUUUGGUUAAAAGAUUAAUGUGAUUACUGUGUUGAAACUGUAUUGCAUAACAUGAAAAACACAAAACAUUUGUUAAAAACAGGCCUAGGCAAGCAGAGUUUAGUCGUACUGCUAAGGAGACUUUCGUUAGCAACCGAAACUUUUCACCCUGUAUGAUCUUCUAUCCACAAAAGUUUUCAAGUACAGUGGGUCGUAAAUAGGAAAUCAAUUAAAUUUAGGGCAACAAUUUCCUGAUGUUGGGCAAUGCUCUCUUUCAUAGAACAAGAGAUGUCAAAUGUGACACAGAAUGGAUUUAAUGGUUAUGUACAGUAGCUGGGUAGGUAUGUAGGGUCAUUGUAUGAGGAAAUGGAACAGCAUUUACAAUGAAGACUGGGUAUUAUGGGAAAGCUUUAGAAAAGUCAAAACUUGACUUGAAGUCUUUUUGAUAUGGUGUAUGUCAGAAAUGUCUGUUUCUUUUACUACAGGUUACACUGAAUAUUGAUAGACUGAUGAUCUACAGUAAUGAAAGGGUGGGUGUUUCACUGUUCUUUGGAAUUAAGAUUUAUUUUACUAUAAUUUUUUUCAUGCAUUGUUUUAGCCAUUGCUAUAGUUACAUAAUACUGAACAAGUCAUUUACUCACUGCGAGUCCAUUACAAACUGUCAAAAAACUGUGGCAAAAACUGAACUGCUUUGUUAAUGUGAACAUCUGAAAUACGCAGGUGUGUCAUUGUGUAACUAUCGUAUGACAAUUACUGGUGCAGCUCAUGAGCCAUAAUUCCAUGGUAAUUCCAGUGAACCAUUACCAGCUUGUCAAGCCGGUUUUGUGUUUCUUGUUUGGACUGUUAAUAAAAAAAGGAGUGUGUA